AAUCACGUGAUUACUUUGUUUGUUUACUUGUCUAAAAUACCACGGAGUAGUGAGUUAUACGAAAUGUCAUCUAAUGCUGGGAAUUAUUAUUUCGUUAUCGUAGGUUAUUAUGAUAAUCCAAUUUUUGAAAUGGAAUUCUUCCCAUCAUCUAGGUCUGAUGUUAAGAAGGAAGAUCAUCGGCAUUUAAGUCAGUUCAUUGCUCAUGCUGCUUUAGAUCUGAUUGAUGAGCAUAUGUGGGUAACCAGUAAUAUGUAUUUGAAAGUAGUGGAUAAGUUCAAUGAAUGGUAUGUCUCAGCUUUUGUCACAGCAAGCAAAAUGCGUUUUGUAAUGCUUCAUGAUCAAAAAAAUGAAGAUGGAAUCAAAAAUUUUUUUCAUGAAGUGUAUGAAAUUUACAUUAAGCAUUCCAUGAACCCUUUCUAUGAGCAUAACACUGCCAUAAAAUCAGCAGUUUUUGAGAAAAAAGUUCAGUUUUAUGGACGGAAAUAUCUGAUAAGCUAAUGAUUAUGUUGACCAUUUGGAAAUUAUUUGUUAUUUAUAAGAUAUAUUAUUUGUAAAUUUCUGAUGCAUUAAAUAAUUAUGUAAAUAAAAGUUUUUAAAUUCAUAAA